CAAGAAGAGACACAACCUUAUUCGAGCUCUCUCCGGCGUGAUCCUCGUGCCGCGUCGGACUCCCCCGCCCUCCAGAGCCAUGGCCAACUUCGACGCCAUCGACCUGCUGCUACGGUACGAGACGCCUCUCGUCAAGGACAUGGAGCCAGAUGACGACGUACUCGAGUGGGUGGCCGCCUAUGUGGGCAGCGAGGGCUUCCAGGACACCAUUGACAAUUUCUGCGGCGCCCACGCAAGUCACUUCUCGAUUCUCCUGACCAAGGGAGGACCAUCCGCUGCUGAUCUGGACAAAGUUGAAGUGACUUGGAAGGAGCUGCACGAGGCGUUCAUUGACACGGCUAACGCCCACAUCGAGGCGUUCCUUGUCGAUAGGGGAUUUACCAUGGACCAGUACAACACUCGCUGUGACGAGGAGAUUGCGCUAUCUGAGGAGCGACAGCGACACACGCGGCUCAGUUUCUUCGUGCAGAUCUUAAUGGCCUGUUGCGAGUACGAGCAGUUCCUCAACCUCAUGAAACGUGUGGCUGACCCCGAGUAUUACGACAAGAAGGAGCUGCAGUAUGAAGCGGAGAACCUCGUGUAUGAAGCCGAGGAGAAGGGAGCCACUAACGCUCAGCGGGCUGUGGGAGCACAGGCCUUCUUGGAUUUCUUCCAGGCCAACCCCGACUUGACGCUGGACGAAUUGACGCAGGAGUUUCAAAAGAAAAUGCAGCUCACGUGAAACUCUCCCUCCCUUUGGACGGCUUCACACCUGUUUGUAUCAUUUAACCACGAGCCCAGUCCAGUAGUUACAGUAGAAGCACAUGUUGCACUCAACUCAACACCAUCGAGGCGGCAGGAGGCUGAGAAGACCGGCGCAAUAGAGUGAGGCUUCGAUAGGAGCAGCCCAUCCGUCUACCCGUCCGCUUUUAAUAGUAACGUCAGAAGUCAAAA